CCUCAAGGUGCUCGUUUGACCUAAGGGGACCCUCAGUCAACCCCAAGUUCGAAACAAGGAUGCGACUCGAAUGGACGGAGCAAAGAGAGAACAGGCAUCGCGACUCGAACGGAGCCUGAGCGGGGCAUCGCGACUCGAACGGCGUCAUCACUGGUCUGGACGACGAAGAAAACCUCCCGUUCCUGCAGGCUGCUCGUCAGCUGGUCGGGUGGUCUCUGAGAGAGCUUUGACCACAGGCCCCGAGCUGGCCGCUCAGUGCGGCUCCGCGGCGGCCGCCGCCGCGGCGGAGGUGGCGGCAGGUUUGGGCCUUCCGUUGCCCGCGCUGCAGCAGCGCCAGGGAUGGGCUGCAGCUCAGGCCGCCGGCGAGGUUGCCCUGGAGGAAGCCUUGAAGAAGGCCUCCGACCCUGCUGAGGCCGCCCAGGCGGCCGCGCAGGCGGCCAAGGCUGCUGCGCUGCAGCACCACUUGGGGCAGG